AUGUACAAUCUCGGUCGCGUGCGCUCCAAUUCCAAAUAGUGUGUACAUAGCAGCAUCUCGAGAGCGAAUGUUGAAAGAAGCACCCAAAGCCAACUUUGUGAUUAGGAAUCUAAACAGUAUCCAAUAUCACAGAAUCUCACCCACUCAACGAGUCCAUUUCGACUUCACGGUAAUCUCAGCUUAUUGCUGCUGAUUUAUGCAAGUUUGCCUUUUUUUAAUCUCGAAGUAUGUACUUGUUUGGGACUAGUCUGCUGUGCUUAUAUCUCCCACUGAUUAUCCCAGUGACAUCCCCGAGAAAGAAGGGUACUAGAAGCAACGCCGCGAACCAGGUGCGAUAGAAUUGAUUUUUUAUUAUUGGGAGUUUCAGUGUUUCCUACACUCAAAAGGUAGACAGAAUGAUUUCACAAAAAGUAGACAGGCACAAAAAGAUUCACGAGAGUUUUUUGCUUUCGGCACUGGGCAAGGGUGCAACAUCCAAAGGUGCAACAGAAGCUGGGGAUAAUCCUUUCGACCUCUGCAAUGCUAGCGCUCCCGACUUAUCACUCCCCUCAUGUGACACUAAACACACGUACAAGGUAGCAAUGAUCGAUGGGUAUUUCUGCGAUUGA